GGGCGGAGCCUGUGAACUUCUGGGUGCUGGGUCUUGCUGGUCCUUCUGACCGGUCAACCAGUCGUUUCGAACCGAGACCGCGGAACAAGAAUCGUCUUUGUCGGCACGUCAGCUUCUCUAUUUGGUGGCACCGCUGUGUUAAGUGAGCGGAGGAUGGUGGCUGAGUUACAGCGCCCCCUGGUGGCGAUUCUGUUCCUGUGGCAUACAGCAAGGGUCCUGCCCAUGCCUGACCCCAAGACGAGGGAGGCUCUCAUAGAACUCGAGGCCUCCCAGCAGACGGGGGGUCAAAUGGUGCUGACCGAUUUAGAGAAGCUUCUGGAUGUUCGGCUUUACCGAAUGAAGCAGGACGAGAUGGCCAAGGCGAACUUCCCUCCCGCCAUGCACUUCUUCAAGGCCAAACCCUUGAUUGAGCGCAGCCCCAUCUUUAAUCUGCUGCAGAAAAUGCCCAAAGGAGGAGCCUUGCACGUCCACGACCUCGCCAUGGGCGACCCCGAGUGGCUCGUGAAAAAUGCCACGUAUCGGCCGAACUGCUACAUGUGCAUCACUGACAAGCAGUCGGUCAACUUCGUCUUCUCAUCCGGGCAGCCGAAGAGCAUACCGAAAUGCUCCCCCUGGAUGUUGUUGGAAACGCUCAGGAACAAAUCGGUCAACGUCACGCAUCUAGACAACAGCAUCCUGGCCAACUUGACGCUCUUCACCGAUGGCGAUCCAGAGGCCUUGUAUCCCGACCAGGAUGUCGUUUGGGCCAAAUUUGAGCUGAACUUCAUGGCCGUGAUGGGUCUGAUCGCAUACGCGCCAGUGUUCAGAGACUAUUACUACCACGGCCUCAGCCAAUUCUACAAAGAUAACGUCAUGUAUGUGGAAAUACGUGCUUUACUUUUGCAGGUAUACGAGCUGAAUGGCAGCACUCACGACUCCGCAUGGGCUCUGGAAACCUAUCGAGACAUCACCAGACAGUUCAUAGCGGACCACCCGGACUUCUUUGGGAGCAGAUUCAUCUUUGUAGUCCACAGGACAAUUGAUGCAUCUGAGUUGAAGGGUCUAGUGGAGGAGGCAGUCAAGCUGCGGAGAGACUUCCCGGAUAUCAUGGCGGGCUUUGACUUGGUCGGUCGCGAGGAUGACGGAAAGCCGAUUUGGUAUUUCCGAGACGCCUUGUCGUUGCCGGCGGAGAUGGGUGUGACGCUUCCCUACUUUUUCCACGCCGGAGAGACGAAUCAGGAAGGCACAGAAGUGGACCAGAACAUGUUGGACGCUAUUUUGUUCAAUACAUCACGUAUCGGCCAUGGAUUUGCCCUGAUCCGCCACCCUCUGGCCCGAGAAAUCUCCAGGAAGAGGGGCGUGGCUGUGGAAGUGUGCCCCAUAUCCAACCAGGUGUUAAAGCUGGUCGACGACCUGCGAAACCACCCGGCCGCGGCGCUUUUGUCCCAGAACCACCCGAUGGUCAUCAGUUCCGACGACCCGGCCAUGUUCGGUUCCUCCGGCCUCUCCUACGACUUUUACGAGGCCUUUGUGGGCUUCGGCGGCAACAGGUCCCACGUGGGCAUGCUCAAGCAACUGGCCAUCAACUCCAUUUUGUUCAGCUCACUGAGUCCGCAAUUUCAAGAAAAAGCUCUGAAUAUGUGGCAAAGGAAAUGGGAGGAGUUUGUCUCUGAAAAUGCUUAUGAGAAACAACUUUGCGGUUUUGGCCAUUUGUUUUGCUUUCAUCCCAGCAGGUCUUGAAUUCUGCUGCUGUGAGCAGGUGUACAGUGCUGCUGGGACACGACAAAAAGGCACUUUGUUUAUUUGUUUUUUUAAUUUGCACUUUGUAAAAAUGGUGGCGUCCGGGUUUUUAAGGUGCUCAAAGCAGCAUGGUUUUUAUUUUGCCUUCCCGUACUAAGUACCCUUGCAUUUUUGUCAUUUUUUUUAUAGCAUUUAAUGCAUGUUGUUAAGAGCAAAUUGCGAUUGUGAUACCUUCAGAGAUUUGUUUGCAAUCCACACGAAAUCAGUUUUCAGGCUUCUGGUCCAAUACUGAACUUUGUCGUAAUGACCACCACUUUUUGUCAUGGCAAUGUGUUUUUAUGUGGACGCAGACAUUUAUUUAAAAUGUUUUAUUUAUUUAAGAGAGUUUUAAUGUAAAUUUCAAGCUAUAGCAUGAGUAAAUUUCACAUUUUAAUGUGGUAAAUUUGA